AUGCGCAUGCGGUGUCGGAUGAGGAAAUGGGUAUUGUGAUAGAAUGUGAUAUACUUCAGAAAAUGUUUGUUUCACUUCGGUUUUCUCGUUUGCUGUUUGUUAAUCUCUGCUGUCGAAGUUUCAUUCUUGUGGUAUCUAUCAUUUGUUUUACACUAGUGUAUCCGCUUUUUUGUCAACACAGCUUGUUUGAUUAUCGUUGUUCACACAACGACUACGAGCAUUUGUAAGUACCUCCCCCCACAUAUGAUUUUUUUCAGACCCGCCACGUCACAUAUUCUCGUACUUGUAAGUACCUCUCCCCACAUAUGAUUUUUUUCAGACCCGCCACGUCACAUAUUCUCGUACAACGUUCGCCUAACGAACGUCUCCACCGAUACUACCUACCGCGUCAUCGGCCGCUCACUGGUCUUCCAGAAUGCUGAGGGCAGUGUUACAGGUGUAGUUAGAGCCAAAACAAAGGAAGCUCAAGGAGUCGUUGGGCACACACCAGUGAUCGCGCCAGGGGAGCAGUUCUUGUAUGGUUCGGGGACAACGCUCAAUACGAAGACGGGCACCAUGGUUGGCACGUUUCAUGUUAUCGUUAUGGCGCUUCCUUGGAGAUGUGCUUGAAAUCUAUAUAUUUAGCACGAGCUAGAAACUUCUUCGAAGUACUCAACAUAGUACUAUGAAUGAAUAAGCAGCAGACAUUGCUCCUGUAGUUGGUAGAGCUAGAGACUAGACGUAGUGUUGUCGUGGGCGGUGCAAGUCACAUUAUCUCAGCUCCUUCUUACAUCUCUGUCUGCAUCGAGAUGUAAGAAGGAGCUGAGAUAAUGUUCUCAUUUUCUCCGUCGUGGCUUUCCCCCUGACGGCUUUUUCCUCUUUCAUACCGGAAGACGGACUGCGAUCUGAGGAAUUUGAGUCACGUCCAUUGUCUGAACGCUGUACGUUUUUCGAGCACCUGAUCCGAGCAGGCAAGGUCGGCGCAAAUUUUAGAGCCGCAUUCCCAGUCACGAGGUGCGACGCCAACGUGUUGAGCCUGGAUCUGCCGCUUCUAAUGGCUCGCAACGCCGAUGAAGACUUGCAUCGAGAUGAGCUACGAGAACAACAGGCGCGAAAUAGCUUGAAGGAUAUGGCGAUCAAGAGAAAGACUAGCAACAGAGACGACGUUAGCACAGCCUUGGGACAUCAUGAUGCAGGAGACCACGCUCUUGGAGGCACUCCUACUAGUGGCGCUUCUACUUCCACAUCCUCUUCCCAUGAAAAAAAGAAAUCAGCGUCUAAGAGACGGCCAUCGCCAGCUAUCAACAGCGUCCUUGCAGAGGAACAGGAACUAAGGACUUCCGCAACCCGUAGAAGUAGUAAUCUUGGCGGGGGUGAUGUGAAGGGAAACAACGACACUGAUGUUGAUGCUGGGGGUAAUCACGACGAUAGGAAAUGCCCGAAAAAAGACGACUAAUGAGCUUGUUUCUGGGCACAACAUCAAAAGCACUCCCUUUUCCUCCAUUGCCUCCCCUCUCCCUUACUGUUUUGACUCUUCCUGUAUAAAAGAAAUUGAAAUGUAGUCCUCCCCUAUUUCUCUGACAAAAACGAGGAAACGGACAUGUAUAGAAAAAGUUGCGAAUCAGCUCGCUUGAAUAGGAAUAGUCCAUACCAUACUGAGUGUAAAAACUGUACAGGUUGAUGGUAUAAUCUAGUGAAAAUGAAGUGAACAUGUAUAAAAAAACACGCCAUCGCGUCAUUCUUUGGUCGACGUUGAUGUGGUAUUACAAAAAUGUAAGAUACAUAUUAUCUAAAUAUUUGGUAGAAUCAGCAUGGUGAUGCGGGAUUCGAGACGUAACGAGCUCAUCCUCGUGGUUGCUUGAUGGAAAAGGGAUACACAUACUAGGUCACGCACGUAGAAUCGUAGAUUUUCAAAAAACCUCAUGUCUUGAAUGACCAGUGCCUAUCGCCAACGGGAAGCCAGCCUACUUAGGUCUUACGCCAUAGAAAUGAGCAUCAAUGUCAACAUAGCUGAAGCUAUCACAUGAGCAAUGUUAGACAGCACGCCCUCAUCUUUUCUACUAUGUGCAGAUUCCCCUUUUGAGAACCUAAAGUCCAAUGAUACAACAUGCUUAAGAAGAA